AUGGCAGUGAAUCUUUUUGCAAACGUGGCCUCAGCUUUGGAGGGAUUUCCCCUAAUAGAAAAGUACUGUUGGCUCGAUAGCACUGUCUCCCUGCACUGGAUCGUAUCUCCAGGCACAUAUAAGCAGUUUGUGAGUAACAGUAUUGACAAAAUACAAGCACAUUCGGAAGUAACCUGGCGACACGUAGGGACUUCGGAGAACCCUGCUGACCUUGGAAGCCGUAGUGGAGAUGUCACAAAUAAUCCCUCUUGGUACAAUGGACCGAAGUGGUUGAAAAACAAAGCGUGCUGGCCUCCAGAUAUUCUGACUGAGGGAUCAGAUGAGUCAAUGGCAGAAGUGAACGCGACGCGAGAUGUUUUUGCUGUGGCGAUAGCAACUACAGACGAGCUAGACACCCUCCUUGAGAAAUCUACCUACUGGAGGACGAGGGGAAUCUGUGCGUGGAUAAUGGGGUUCGUCCACAACGUUCGUUCAAGGAAGACAGGAAGACUCAAGGGACCGCUGACAACUGAAGAAACUAACAAGGUGAUAAUCUCUUGGGUGAAAAGAGCCCAGUCCCGAGCCGCAGCUGAUAAACAAUACCAAGAAGAUCGGUUACAACUCAAUCUACAACCAACCCAAGACGGAGUUUUGGAAUGUCGAGGUAGAAUCCAAGGGGAUUUGCCGGUAUGUUUGCCUGAUAGUCACCCCUUCACACAGGUGCUCGUAACACAAGUUCAUCUCGGAACGCUCCACGGGGGAGUCGUCAGUACCAUGGCAAAGGUCCGAGAGCUGUACUGGGUUCCGCGCCUCAGAAGAUUGACCAAACGAAUCGUGAACAGUUGCCACGGCUGUCGGCGGUAUCAAGCCCAAGCAUUUUUAUCCCCACCCCAAGGAGACCUCCAAAGGGAUCGGACGGAAGGUCAAACACCCUUUUAA